CUGUUGUUGUCGCUCGUUUUCUACAUUUUACGAACACUUCCAUCCAACAGAGGGUCUUGGGCUCUCUCACACAUUCCUUUGGAACACGCGCGAAGACAACGAUCACAACCUGAAUUGGAGACCAAGGUGACGGAUACGUGAAUCCACUUGUGCUCAUCGCAUCGAUCGCUAGUGUACAUCCUCAAAACCGGCAGAGAUGAAGGGAUUCAUCACAACUGCCGUAGCAGCGGCAGCUGUUGUUGGGGUUGCGGCUCAGCCUCACAACCAUGGCCAUCAUCACCGCCACGCCAAGAAGCACGACCAUGCGGCAAUUGCGAAGCGCGACACGGUCGUCGUCACUGAGGUGGUCGAGGGCCCUACCGUUGUCAAGUAUGUGCUGGAUGGGCAGGAGGUCGACGCUUCCAAGGCGGAAAAGGGCAUCUCGGAUGGUGUUUUUGUUGUCAUGGGCUCGACUAAGCCUUCGUUCACCGCGCCUGCGCCCAUCGUCAGCACUUCGAUAGCUAGUGACGACAAGGGAGGCCAGUUCUUUGAGAAAGCGGUGACAACAUCUACGUCGUCCUCGGCGCCACCCCCCGCAACCUCGUCAACUGCGCCCGCUUCCUCCACCUCGUCGCCUGUUUCCCAAGGCACCGGCAUCGACGCUGACUUCCCGGAUGGCGAGCUGGACUGCAGCAAUGUCCCGACCGACUAUGGUGCCAUCGCGAUCCCAUGGACUGGCACCAACGGCUGGACGACUCUAGCGAGUUUCGGAAAGUGGAUCAAGGGCGUGGCCGUUGACAACAUUGUGUCUCCCACCUCGGGAACGUGCAGCAAGGAGAUGAUGUGCUCGUACGCUUGCCCUCCGGGCUACGAGAAGACGCAGUGGCCCGAGGACUCGCAGGGCGCCACUGGCCAAUCCGUUGGUGGUCUGUGGUGCAACGAGAAUGGCAAGCUGGAGCUCACCCGUCCCAAGUUCAAGAAGCUCUGCCAGCAGGGUGCCGGCGGCGUCUUUAUCCGGAACGAGCUCUCGAGCAAUGCCGCCGUCUGCCGUACUGACUAUCCCGGCAACGAGGCCAUGGUCAUUCCUCUUGACACCUAUCCGGGUAACACGUAUCCGCUGACAAACACGGAUUCGUCGACAUACUACAAAUGGCAGGGCAAGCCUACAACCGCCCAGUACUACGUCAAUAAACUGGGAUAUGAGGUCGAGGAAGCGUGCACUUGGAAGAGCUCAAAAUACCCCAACGACGCCGGCAAUUGGGCCCCGUGCAACAUUGGUGUCGGCAAGAGUGAAUCUGGCAUAACCUACAUCUCCAUUUUCCCGAACUUGCCCACUAGCACCGCGGUACUCGAUUUCGACAUUGAGAUUACUGGCGAUAUCUCCGGGACGUGCUGGCUCAAGAAGGGUUCAUACUAUGGGGGUGGCAACGGCUGCACGGUCGGCAUGAAAGAGGGCGGCACGGCCACCAUCGUGUUCAAGAACAGCUCUUAAGUGUGAGGGCACAAGACUGGAUUUCAUGUUGGAUUGUCUUUUUCCCCUCCAGCCGUGGACCCUUCCAGCCCCUGACAUUGGGUACGCAAGGCUGGUUAGGCCUUGAUGCUCUUCUAACCAUGACAAUACACGAAUGGCAGGGACGGCCAAUGCAUCCGAAUCGUAUCUUAAUGGUCAUAUGUAUGUAUAAUUGCUAAAUAUCGGGGAUGCGUUGGCGGCUCGGCUUGCACGAGGUUUCGCUCUUUGGACAGGUUGCAACCUCUGCCGAUCACGGCUUUUGUUUCAUUGCUUCUUGGGCUCUGCAUCUUAUUAUCUGUCAGGCGUAAGCGGAAUUACAGAGAUUGAUACAACGUCUUGUUGCUCCGUAGUUCGAUAGCCGUGCCAGUCUUCUUGAGCAACUUUCAACUACUAAUACGCUAGUAUGUACUUGUACAGUACAAUACCUUGUAAUCCCACCGCGGCAAAGGACCCAGAGUUGGGUUGAUCCUCCCCG